AUGGGAAUUAGCAAAAGAGUUUGCUUAUUCGUCUUCAAUGAGGAUUAUAUCUGCCAAAACCUCGUCUCCGAGGUGCUCCAACACUGCUCGUAUGAAGUGUUGCACAUUGGAAGGGCUAUGGAUGCGUUAACUGAGAUUGGGAAGAGAAAACAUGGGAUCAGUGUUGUACUGACGAACAUGAACAGAUUAAAGACAAAGGGGGCUGAGAUUAUCCAAGCCAUUCAGGAGGAACUCAAUCUGCGUGUCUGUUUGAUACUGCCCGGUAACAUGGAGUUUGAUGACACCAGAGGCCUGGACUGCAAUGUUUCAGCAUUCAUUGUCAACUUUUCUGAUACAAAGGACAUGAAAGAGCUGUGGCAAUCAGCUUUUGAGAAGGAGAAAGCCAGAAAAGCAGCAAUUAGCAGCCAAGUUGUGGGUGUAGAGACAACUACCAGUGAAAAUAAUGAACCAUCCCUUGAUGGGGAACCUGGGAAUGAUCACUAUAACCGGAAGGCGAAAGAGCUGAGCGAGGAACAGAGUGAAGAAAGUGGUAGUGAGACUAGAAAGAAGCCGAGGUUGAGCUGGAACCCGGAGAUGCAUCAAAGAUUUGUGGAGGCAGUCAAUAAGUUAGGCUUUGACAAGGCAGUUCCGAAGAAAAUAGUUGAGUUUAUGAACGAGCCGGGGUUGACAAGAGAGCAUGUUGCUAGCCAUUUGCAGAAAUAUCGUAUGAAUUUGAGAAAAGGCCAAGAUAGUUCAAGCAAUUUUAUUUAUGGUCAUCAAAAGCUAACAAAUGAUGUUACAAACCCAUUCUAUUGUUCAUACCCUUCUGCCCUAAACCUCAAUUCUUCCUUCCCCUUUGAAAGAAACAACAAUUCAGUGUUUUCUACUCUCCUGGGCCAAUCCUCCCUGCUCAACCCCAACAUCUCAACAACCUUAACACAGCAACCACAUAUGUUUCCUACUAACAAUCUGCUGGGGGCCCUGAACCAUAUUUUCCCCCCACAGUUAUCUUUUGAUGCAAAACGGGUGAUGAACCAGAAUGGGGAGGUGGGGCAUUCAUCUGGUAGCAGUAGUGUUUCCAUGAACCAGCAGCAGCCCACCAGUUUUCUUGGUUUAAGAGUGGUGAAUAAUGUGCUCCAGUUUGGUGAAAGUUGUGGAGAGACCCAUAGAGAAAGUUCAUCAUUAUUCACAGCUGAUUGGACUUAUUCUUCUGGGAAUAAUAAUGCAGAUUCUGUACCAUUCUUGGAAACUUCUACGGAUCAAAGCGUGAACCAUUCUGAAACAGUAUCUCCUGCAGGCACCUUCAUUCCCCAACAUCAGCAAGCUUCAUUUCCAGCGGCGUUUGGUUCUUCUCCCUACACAGAAAUCAACACCAAUGACGACCCUGCAAGUAUUGUUUCUCUGCUGCCAUUGCUUGGAAACUCUGAGAAUUUGAGCUCGAAACAGAUUGAAUCGUCGUCUUCUUUAUCGGUGCCACCUGAAGUGAUUGAAAUAAAUAGCUAUGGUGGUGAAGAAGACAUCAGCGCGCUGUUGGAUGCGGCUGAUAAUGACACGCCAAAUAAUAAUCCAGAAGAGGGGUUAUGGGAUGAUGAUGAUUUUAGUGAUAUACUAUCCGGCUUCACAAAAUGA